GCGCAGCAACCUCCACCCGGCCUCCGCGUCUGGACUCCCGCCGCCCCUGCCUCUGGGCCUCCUCCGCCCACCGGCAGAGUCUCCCGCGAAGCCCGCUGGGCCACGCUCUCACCCUCCUCCUCCUCACGCCGGGUCUUGCUCUUGGCCUUGGACUUCUGGCUGCGCGUUUCGCGUCCCCGCGGCUCCCUGCCGGCCGCGCGCUUCCGAGCCAUAUUGCUUGUCGGGGAAAAAUCCACUUCGCGAGUGACGCACCAGACCGCGAUGCGUUAGAACGCAGGCCCCGCCCCGAGGCGGGCGCGUCUGGCCACGCCCCUUCGUUGGAGGCCUAGUCACGCCCCCAAAGGAAGCUCCGCCCCAUACCCGUGGCCACUAAAAAACCGCGGGAAGCAGGCAAGAGCACAACAGGUUUCUAUUUCCGGUGUAUUGUAGCAUCACGUUUCCGGAGCUCGGCGUUGCUCUUGUGUUCUCGCGAGAGGCGUGAAAGGGCGCAGGGUUUGAAACAUGGCGGACGACGUAGACCAGCAACAAACUACCAACACUGUAGAGGAGCCCCUGGAUCUUAUCAGGCUCAGCCUAGAUGAGCGAAUUUAUGUGAAGAUGAGAAAUGACCGAGAGCUUCGAGGCAGAUUACAUGCUUAUGAUCAACAUUUAAAUAUGAUCUUGGGAGACGUGGAAGAAACUGUGACUACUAUAGAAAUUGAUGAAGAAACAUAUGAAGAGAUAUAUAAAUCAACGAAACGGAAUAUUCCAAUGCUCUUUGUCCGGGGAGAUGGCGUUGUCCUGGUUGCCCCUCCAUUGAGAGUUGGCUGAAACAAAGAAUUUGUCCUGUAUGGAAAACAGGAGACUUUGUACAGUGGCCUUUCUAAAUGUACAAAACAUUCAAAAGAGAAACCUGCAUACAUUUUGAUAUUAAGAAAUAAUUCUGGGGAUUCUUCCACGCCUGAAAUGAGUUGAUUUGCAGAUAACUCACAACUUCUUAAGUGAAAUGGUAUUUUCAUUUUUCUUAAGCUCUUCCAAUAAAUAUGACCACCAAGAUGCAGAACUC